UAUCUGUCUGCCAGUAGGUGUGUAGCAAAUGAUGAUGAUGCUGAUCAGAUGAUGUGAAGUACCACUGAGCACUGCUGAGUAAGGGUGAAUAUGGAGGACUUCAAGUAUUUGUUUAAAGUUGUGUUGAUUGGUGAAGCAGGAGUUGGGAAGACAUGUUUAGUCAGAAGAUUUACCCAGGGUUUAUUUCCACCUGGACAGGGCGCUACCAUUGGUGUGGACUUCAUGAUAAAAACUGUGGAAAUUAAUGGCGAGAAAAUUAAGCUUCAGAUCUGGGAUACGGCCGGCCAAGAACGGUUCCGCUCCAUCACACAGAGUUACUACCACUCAGCUAACGCUCUUAUCCUGGUGUAUGAUGUCUGUAGUCAACUCUCCUUUGAUAAUAUUCCUCACUGGAUUCAUGAAAUUGAGAAGUAUGCCAACACCAAAGUCUUCAGCUACCUUGUUGGAAAUAAGAUUGAUCAAAUUAAUAGAAGAGAGAUUCCUUCAUAUAUUGGAGAACAAUUUGCCAAACGUUAUGAGAUGAAAUUCAUAGAGACUUCUGCCAAAGAAGCAGAGAAUGUGGAUGCAUUGUUUUAUGACAUUGCCACGGAAUUAACAAAGCAGGCCCAUCAGCAGGCUCUGGAGUCGGAUAAGAGUGUCAAUUUUAAGGCUCACAACACUUCUACUAUCUCAAGCUGCUCAACUUGUCUUAAAUUUUAGUAGGGAUGGGUAUGGAAUAUACAUGUUUUAAUGGAGGUGUUUUUAGAAAAAGAAAUUCUAGUUCAAUUUAUUACCACUCUGUCAAAGUAUUUUGUUGAAAAAAAUUUUUUAAAUUGACUUGAAUAUUUCUUUUUUGAAAGAGAAAAUUGUUUUACAAUACUUUUACUAGAUUUAAUGAGGAAGAAUUAUUAUCAUUCAUCACUAUUGUUAUACCUUUAAAAUUUUGUUCCUAUGCAACUCUAUAUGAAAAAAAAAUCUAACAUUUCUAAUGUUUUACUGAGCGAGCAUAAAAAAAUAAAAGUUUGACUGCUGAGUGAGAUGUUGGACCUGUUGAUGAGAUGUUAGAUCACUUACGUCACACAAUUGGCGGAGCUUAAUUUAAUUUGCAUUCAUUGCUGUUUAGCUGUGAGAGACAUUAUGUUUAAAUCAUGGAAGACAGUGCAAGAUACAUGUAUGUCAAAAUAAAUAUUAAAAUGAAAGGUAUAACAAAACAUUUCUUGACUGUAUUCUUGGGCAAAAUGUGUUUUGUUGACCUUCAAACCAAACUGUCUGCCUUCGGCCUAACGGCCAUAGGCAGACAGUUUAGUUCUUAGGUCCAACAAAACGCCUGUUGCUCUCGAACUCAUCAAUAAAUGUAUGUUUUUCAAAUCAAUUUUUUAAAACACAUGUAUAAUGUGCUUGUAUUUUUUUUUUAAUAAGGUAUUAAGUAAUUUUAUUAUAUCCUUAAUUGAUGAAAAGGUUAUUUAUCUGUAAUGAAUUAUAGUGCAGAUUUUACAACAAGAGUUCUUCUUGAUGUUUUCUAUUUUGAAAGUACAAGUAUAUUAUAUAAGAAAACUUUUGCAGUGCAAAAGAGAGUGAGUCUUAAGGUUGAGUGGCAAAUGCCGAGUUCUCUGUUGAAAGAGGCCUCCACAUGAUUAUGUAAUAGGAUGUCAUUUUUGAAACAAACCAUAAUUUACUUUUAUGGAACUUUUAAUUUGUUUUUUGCUUUCUUACAGUUCUAAUAUUUCCAUAUUGUUGUACAGUGUUGUUAAAAUGUGCCAUGCUUUAUACGGAAGUGAUGUAUUGAUGACAAUUACCGGGUAUCUGUUUUUUCUAUCAAUACAAGCAUUUAUAUUGAAUGUUGGGCUGCGGAAUGUUGACAUAGUAUACUUUGGGCUUUGAAAUUCACUUUUUUGUCAAAUACAAUUCUUAACAAUUUAUUUGAAUUUUGAAUUGAUGUUUAUUCAUGGUAUUAUUUUUUUUUUCAAUAUUUCUUUUAUGAAUAACAAAAUUUCAAUUGAAAUUAAGUUAGUGAAUCUUUUAAAAGAAGUAUAUGCUUAAAAAAAAUAAAAGCACAUUGUAUGAAGUCAAUAUAUAAAUUGUAAAUCAAAUUGUUCAUUUCCCGAUCAGUCAUUCCUGAUGAAACAGUUGAUUUACCAGUAACCCCACUCACCCUUCUUUCUGUUGGUACAGUUUAUUUUUCUUUUGUUUGCAUUGAUAUAAGAGUUAUCUUAUUUUUAAAACUCUAGUCAACACUGUUUAGUGUAUUUUUUGAAUUUUCAGUUUUUCAUUGUUUUCCUCUCAGCUUUAUACACCAAUAGAUUUAUUUUCAUACUACUAGUGCCAAUUUUAUUUUCUUCCUGAGCAUUGCUUAUAUGUGUUUUUUAUUAUGGUAUAAUGAUCUUUUUCAGUUGUUUGAAUAAUCAAUUUUAUUCAUUAGGUCAUAUUGCAUACAAUUAUAUGGAAUAAGCACUAUUGAAAAAAGAAAUGUAAACCAGAGAUUUUUUUUAAUCAGUGCUUUUGCAUUCUUUACUCUUUAAAUUUAAUCUAGCAUUAUCAGACAACACAAUAUUUUAUUUUUUUCAAAAUACCUUUUUUGUGCACUACAUUUAAAAAAAGUCAUUAGCAAUUGUUAAUUUUUUCUCAUGUAGCACAAUAUUUGCAUGCUGGUAAGACGUAUUUAAAACACUUUCAAAAUAGUGCUUAUAUUGGUCUUGGAUUAUGUGUUGCAGAUAUAAAAAUGCCAAACAUUAAGCUUUGUAUACGAAACCGCUUAUAGCAUUAAAACCCUGCUGUAAGCACACGUAUUGUAUAAGGAAAUCCAUUGCAUUCAACUUUUGUUUGACAGUUUUGUACAAGUGGUGCUUUUGCAUCAAGUUAUUAAGAAUACUCAACAUUUCCAUUGUUUUGUCUUUUUGCUGAGUACUUUGUAAUAAAUUUUCUGAUUGAG